AUGUCACAAACAAGUGGCCAGUAUAUAACGGACGUGUGUGGACAAUCAAAUCAGUUUUUACAACCCACCAACACAGCUAUGCCACGCAGAACACAACAGCAAGUCAACAUCAGAGAGGAGACCAAGACAUAUCUACUGGGAAAGCUAGAGCAUGGGGAACCGCCGAAUAAGCUGUUCAAGCAAGAUCUUCACGAGAUGUGCAUAGAUGCAGUCUCCAAGAAAUACCCAAAUGAAGAAGUCGUGGGUACACUUAACGCAGUGAAUUUCGGCAGGUUGCUGAAAUCCGUCUACCCCAACGUGAUGACAACCAACAGCAACAACUCAUCAGUCAGCAAGGAUACGAGGCGAUUCAUCACUAACAUGAAGCUCAAGAUUCCGUCACCUACUCAGCAGUGCAGUCAAGAAGCAACACCACAGCACCCGGAGGAGGCGACACACACAGACCCAAGGCUCACAGAUGUCACAGAAGACUCGAAAGCUGAGCACGUCAAAUAUUUAGAAGACAAAAUUGCAAAGCUGCAGCGGGAGAGCAAGCGUCAAAAAAGUUCCAUUCAGCACCUUACAUACACGAAUGUAAGCCUGCGCAUAGAGAGGAACGAAUCCUACCAGGCCAUGGGGCGCUUCCUAGACGCAAGUUCAACCUACAAUAGGACGAGCUGGAUGGCUACGUCGCAGUUCAAGGUGAAAUCGGCGGACUACAACAAGGAGUCCAUCCUGGGAGAGGGGAGCUUUGGGACGGUGUACAAGUCAUCUGCAUCACUGGAUCCAGCUGCAUGGACGCUGUACGCUCUCAAGGAAUUCAAGAGAGGACUCGCCACGGCUCAUCAAGAACUACGUUCUUUGAUCACCCUGGGGCAAAAUCGCAGAAUCCAGCAGCUCCAUGGGUUCGAUCUUACCGACAAGGAAAAGCCUGUGAUCAUAACACAUCUCAUCACAUCAGCCAUCUUCCCAUCACCAACAACUAUGAAAACAGCCUUAGCAUCGAAAGAAGAACACCCCAUCAACUUCAUAUCACACAUAUUAUGCCUCAUACAUUCGGUGGAAUAUGUUCAUUCCAUGGGACUGCUGCACAACGACAUAAAGACUGACAACUACGUGUUAUCGGGAAGGGACGACGGCGUCCUCAUCGAUUUCGGAAUGGCGACGACUCAUUCGAAGCCAUACAAGCGCUCCAGACCGACAACUCAGUGCAGCUGGAUGGCACCAGAGAUUUCGUCAGGCGAGCUUGCAACAUCAACCACAAGCGAUGUUUAUUCCGUGGGAUAUUUCGCACGUGAGGUCACCAAGGCAAGGGGAAUUGUCAACGACAAGCUCAAGGAAGUGUAUCGAUCGUGCAUGCAGCAGGAUAGAAACAAGCGACCACCCCUCACUUGGUGCCGAGUUCAGUUGGUGUGAAUAUGGACUUAAUUCUGAUUUAUUCUGCCGUACAGAUUUUGUAUGUGUAUAAUAUGUAUAUAUUGUAUAUAAUAAAGUUUUAAACGUAUUUAUUAUUUUGUUUUUUUAUAUGGAGUCAUAAUAUGAGUCUGGUGGUGAAAUGUGAUCAAUCAAUAUUUCUAUUGAAUCCCUUUUUCAUGUCCACACAGAUAUAGCAAGCAAUUUUCUCCCCUCAUGUCUAUCCUGUGCACUGUGUAUUGGAGUCAUGAACAGUAACUUAUUUAAAGGGAGUGGGUGGAUGAAACCUUCAUUGUUCAAACUUUACAUUAUUGAGCAUUACUUUUGACUUGUCAAA